CUCCCACGUCUCGCAUCUUUCAGUCAAAGAAAACCACAUCGAGUCGAGUCAACCCUCCACCCCUCUCGAACCCACAAAACCCCCGUAUCGCAAAGAUGUUCACCCGCCCCGUCCUCCGCACCCGCCAACCCCUCCUCCGCACCCUCACAACCACCACCGCCACCUCCACCCGUCGCCCGCCCACCUCCGCCCUCCUCGCCCUCAGCGCCGGCGCCCUGGCUCUCAGCGGCUACAUCCUCGCCGCCCCCAACAAACCCAUCCACGCGGACGCUCCCAAGAAACCCGCUGCUGCUGCACCCCCGAAAUCGGCAGCGGGCGUGAAAGGCGGCAUCGAACGCACGUUUAUUGCGGUGAAACCGGAUGGAACCCAGAGGAGGCUUGUGGGGGAGAUUGUGAAGCGGUUUGAGACCAAAGGGUAUAAACUGGUUGCCAUCAAGGCGACGGUACCCAGCAAAAGCCUAGCGCAGGAACACUACGCGGACCUGAGCAGCCGCCCGUUCUUUGCCGGGUUGGUGAACUAUAUGACUUCUGGAUCCGCUCCCGUCAUUGCGAUGGUCUGGGAAGGUAAAGACGUGAUCAAAACCGGCCGCAAGAUCAUCGGAGCCACCAACCCUCUCGACGCGGCACCAGGCACCAUCCGCGGCGACCUCUGCAUCAGCGUCGGCCGCAACAUCAUCCACGGCUCGGACUCGUUCGAGAGCGCUGAGAAGGAGAUUGGGUUGUGGUUUGGAAAGAGUGAGGUUUUUAAUUGGAGCUUCUCCGACGCCGAGUGGGUUACGGCUGACAACUAAACGUCUCUGUUCAUGCGACGCGCAUGAGGCCCAUUUUCCCAGUUUCAUCGUAGCAAUGCGGCUCCUAUUUAACGGACACCUAAGACAAUUGUGAUUCUCAUAUCCGAAUACAAAUAGUCUCCAUUUUACGUCAGCUGUGCGGCCUGUGAGGGAAAGAGAUGGGGAGUCAGCGAGCUCAUGCGACGGUACGGUCGGACAGGUAAGACUAAAGCAUCGGUACAUACCUUCUCGUAGAGUGACUCCACGACGGUGCCCAUGUUCUUGAUGGUCUCCAGCGUUGCUUCGAAGGUUUUAUCUGCCUCGGUAUCCUCAAAAA